CAGCCGCGUCGCGGUGCGGGCACGUCCUGUGCGUUUCGCUAUCCGUGGUCUAGAUACAGCCGUUUACGUUAAGCUUUAGAUGUUCUGUGUUUAUCAGCUGUGAUAAAACUAGUUAAAACAAUAGAGGCCGAAUUGAACAACUUUUUCUGAAGGAGCCGCUGGUAUGCGUGUGAACAUAAAAGGGGGGCAUUGUAGAAUAUCUCUGUAAGUUAUCUCUGUGAGUUAUUUCUUUUCUGUAAUGUUGAUAUUAAGCUAUGCAUUUGUAUUUUUUCAGUAGCUUUUUCUGGUGGGAGCUUCUUGGUCUUUAUGAUGUGUAAGUUCAUGAUAUGUGACACACAAAACUGCAGUAGCUGAGACCAACGAGUGAAGCUCAUGCUCAGAAUACAGAACGCUAUCUACUUACCUCAACGAUUAUUGGUAGUAUAUCAUCCUGGUUCGGUCACCUUUGUACAAGGGAAAAUAGACUGUAACAAGAGUUGGACCAGGAUUAAGGAUCUGUUAUGAGGUUUGUUGCCAGACUUGCCCCUUUGGACUUCUUGCAGUGGCCUUCUUCCUUACGCGCCAUUGCACUCUGAUAUGUUCAAAAAUAUUUUAAAUAUUGCAAAUUUGUGAUGGCUUUCAGUCACAGUGAGAACAAGGAUUGUUUCUGGGCUUGUGUAGUAUGUGUUCUGUUGGUAUGAUUCUACUUGAAUCACAGGGAACCGGAUAGAAAUAUAAAAAGCUGAGAAUAUCUGGGUUGUGUUGGCAUAGAAAAGUUCACCUGAGGAAAACAGUUGUUUUCUAGGUCUGCUCUCCUUUCUAUGUUCCUGGUUAUGUGGCAGAGCUUUUUAUGCUGUGGAAUUAAAGUUAACUUAGGAUUUUUUCUUUGCUUCCUUAGCUUUGUCAACUUCCUUGGAUAUUGGGCUGAGUAACUGGAGCUUCCUAUAUGUCACUGUCUCCCUGUGAGUACAAAUCCCUUCCUCCCUGGGAGUCCUGUGGUGGAGUUUGGAAAGUGCUUUGUCAGGGUCAGUUUCUUGGAUGGGCGUGUGGCCUGGUGGGGUUGGCAUGCAGGGGACAACAGUAGUUUGUUGGUAGCAACGUAGAACUAGGUGGCCUAGUGCCUAAUAACAGUUUACUGGGAAGGACUAUAUUGGAGGAGACUGACGGUGUGUUUUGGUCCUUACAGUUACACGAUGACCAAAUCCUCUGCUGUUCUCUUCAUCUUGCUCUUUUCGCUACUCUUCAAACUGGAGGAAGUGGUAAGGGUCCCAUGCAAUGCUUUAGGGAGGCAGAGGGUCAGGCCGAGGAAAAUACGCUGUACAGUACAGAGAAAUACAUAAAUGGAGGAGGAAUGCAGAUGUGUGGAUGGAUCUGAAGGAGAGGAGGUGUCUGUCUUUGUUCAGCUCCAGGAGUCUCUGUAGUGACUUUGUGUUUGCUCUCACCCAGAGGGUGGCAUUGGUGCUGGUGGUUCUGCUCAUCGCUGGGGGGCUCUUCAUGUUCACCUACAAGUCUACGCAGUUCAACACACAGGGGUUCAUGCUGGUGCUGUGUGCUUCUUUCCUUGGGGGUAUUCGCUGGACUCUCACGCAGAUACUUAUGCAGAAGGCUGAACUGGGACUCCAGAACCCCAUUGAUACCAUGUUUCACCUGCAGCCGCUCAUGUUCCUGGGGCUCUUCCCUCUCUUUGCCGUGUUUGAGGGCCUGCCUUUGUCUGUAUCAGAGAAGCUCUUCCGUUUCCACGAAGCAGGAGUGCUGUUCUCUCUGAUGGGGAAGUUGUUCUUGGGUGGAAUUCUUGCCUUUGGACUAGGUUUUUCUGAGUUCCUCUUGGUUUCCAGAACAUCUAGCCUCACCCUUUCCAUUGCUGGCAUUUUUAAGGAAAUCUGCAUUUUACUCCUUGCCACACGUGUGCUGGGAGACCACCUCAGUCUCUUGAACUGGCUGGGCUUUGCUGUCUGUCUUUCAGGAAUCUCCUUGCAUAUCAUUCUCAAAGUCCUCAAUUCAAAAGGUGAAAAAGCACUGAAGCUACACAAAGAGGCCAGCUCCAACCCUGACCUGGAGCUGCUGCUGCGUCACACUGAAUGUGGGGAGGAGGAGGAGGAAGAGGAUGCUGGAACCGCACAACAGCACUGACCGAGCCUGAAGCACGAAGCCUCCUGCUCUGUGUCCUUAUUGGAGCUGCCUGACAACUAUGUAGGAACAAGAGUCUCCGUCCAAGACUUCCUAAAGGAGAGCCAGGGCCUGGAGAGAGUACUCCUGUUCUACUACAGUGUGGGUCUAUGGAGGCUGCACGUGAAACAGGCAAUGCUCCUCUCCCAGAGAGCGAACUUGGAAUACAAGCCCUGGAUCUAUGGAAGUAGGAUGGAGUGGUGAGAUUGGGAAAUCCUAUAGAAAACUCAUUAGGGAAUCCUGAAGACUCUACAGUAAGAAUGUAGGUCCUGAACUGUAGAGUGAGCAUGGAUAUGUCUCAAUUGCAGGUUGAGUGGUUCAGGGAUCAUUUUAGUGUUGUUUAGGCUUUGGCUAUCAAGGGGGAAGGUAGAUAUCUCUUCCUACGCUUUCCUUACAGUUCUGUCAAGUGGGAGCUCCUCUCUUAGUGGGAGCAGAUGAUCAUAUAUAAAUCCAAGACUUGUCCCAAUGGGAAGAAGAGCCUUUGACCCUAGUAACCUGUGUUCUUUGUGGAUGAUAAGGUGAGAAGUAAGUGCCUGCUAUUGGUUGGGACCAAUUGAACAUAGUGGAGUGAUGAUCAGAGAAGGACAGGGAGGUGUGAAUACUGCUGGCCCAGCAGGCCCAGGGAAGAGAGCAACAUCACAGGAGGUAUAGCUUGAGCAGUAAAUGUAGCAGAAAGUAUGUGAGUGGGUGUGGUUGUGUGUGUGUGUUUUUUUUUUUUUUAAAUAAAAUGGUUUUCCGAUUUCCUU